AUGAGUGAACAUGUGUAUGUUAAUGUUAAUGAUGUUGGCAGUUUUGAAAGUAACUCGGAAGAAUAUGUAAAAAGAUUCUUAAAUGUUGAGAAACAUAAUGGUGAUAACUGUGAUUGUUCGUCGAAAUAUCUACCUGUCUUAGAAGACAUAAAAAUUAAUAUUGCAUGGCGUUACAAAACACGUACAAGUUAUCGAGAUUUCUCUGGCGGUGUUAUCAAAAUAAAGGGAUGUAAAACACUUUCUAAAGAUGUUAUCCUGUGA